CGACAAUAACAUUCAAGAUUUAUUUGCUAAUGCUUCAACAUCUUCCAGGUUCUACUUUGAUAAGGUUAGAGUACGUUGCCAACAAAAUAAGCUACCAAAGACUCCUUUAGACAAAUUAAAUAAUUACUUAGAACUUCCUCUAGAAGAAAAUGUUGACCCAUUAAUAUGGUGGAAAACAUACCAAACAAG